UGUCUACAAUGGUACAGUCUGAAACUUGAAGCAUUUUGCGGGAAGCUGCUUCAGUUGUUUACAGUCUAUGGUUUGUUUACGAACAAGCUCCGAAAAUGAGUGCCAAAAAGGGCAGAAGAGCCAAAGCGCCGAAAAAAGAUGAGCAUCAAAGAGGUUCAGCUAUGGAUGAUAUGGACUCUCCUAACCUGUCUGCCAUUGAGAGAGCCAGCUUCAUGGAGGGACUGGAGCCAAAUUUUGGUAACCCUCUGCACAGUACGGCCGUGGAGGAGGAUUUAAAUGUCUCUGGGGGACAGAAGGAAGAAGGGAGGAAAGGCGUUCCUAAGACGUCAAAGACUUUUGUUAAGCAUCGUGGAGCUGCCGUGAAGAGGAAGGAAACGGAGAGGGAUGACGAGGAAGAGGAGAAGAAGAAGAGGAGUAGGAGAAGUACUGCAGGAAAUGUCAUGCCGGAGACUGAAGCAGAAACAAAGAAAAAGAGGGCAACACCUCAGAGAAAAAGACAACACUUAGAUGCAGAGAGGAAGGAAUCUGAUACAGACGACAAAUUCCAGAAAAGCAACUCAACCACGCCAACUGUGGACAGCGCCAGACGUCAGGUUGGGAAGAAGCCCGCCAAGAGGAAGAGUGCAGUUCAGAUGUCUGCCACAAGGAAGGUGAAAAACCAGCAGGUGACGGUCAAUAAGAGAAAGAGUAAAUCAGGAAGUGGAGAGUCUAGUGACCCUCAGUCACAGGAGGAGUCUGACACAGACACCGCCCGGCAAACACGCAAGACCAUCUUGUCCUCUGAUGAAGAAGUGGUGGACGAGGACACCAGCUGGAACCCGAGUCAAAAGAAGACCAAGGCAAAUAGUUUGCGUGGAACCAGAAAGUCUUCACCUGGUAAAUCCAGAACGUCUUCAUCAGGCAGUACAUCAGCAGAAGCAGACAAGGCGGACACAGAGACACAGAGGAGUAAGAAACAGAGUGGUCAGACAGGAAUGGAGCUGGAGGUUGUGCUGGACACCUUCAGACAUUUCUGUGACCAGUACAGAGAGUCUGUGGAGUCUAAAGCAGUCAAACAAUCCAUUGAUUCGUUCUCAACGAAUGUCAAACAGCAGCUCAUGGAAAAGAUCUCUGCUAACAAGGAGCUCAGAGUUCUUAAAAGAGAAAACGUCAAGGUGGGUUCUUUGAUCUGUAAAAAGACACAGAGACUGUUGGAUGCCAAACAUGAGACGAUGAGGGCGGAGAGGAAGGUGUUUCUUCUGAAGAAGGAGAAAGCGGAACUUAAACUCCGAUUAUCUGAUCUGAGACGAGGCCAAGCGUUCCUGCAGGACCUCAGAGAGCUCAACAGACAAUACCUGGUCUGCAGACACAAACACCCCAAAAAGAAAGAGACGUACGGGGCUUCCAGCUUGCCGGCUCUGCAGUUGGAGAACCAAACUACAAGGCAGCAGAGCGUCACCCUAAAGAAAAACAUACCAGUAAUCAACUGGGGAAAAGACAGAAGAUGAAUGGGAAAUAAUACGGCAAACCACACAUCCACUGUCAUAAAGAUGUAAACCAGUCAAAGACGUUCAACAAACUUUUAAAAAAGGAAGCAUAAAAAGUGUUAACAGUGAUUACUGCAACAUGAAAGGCUGAAUUUGAGACCUCUGGUUUAGGUCGCUUUGUACAUUUUCACAGAAUGAGUCAUGCUUAAGGAUGUCGAGGCCAUAGAACCAUGCUCUGAUAGCAGUGAAAAGAUGUUUGCAUUGUAUUUGUUAAGAAUUGCCAGGCCCCCCAAUGGACACGCUCCAUUUUGGGAAUGACUGUGAUACUGUGUGUAUAAUAAAUUAAAAAAAAUCAA